CUCCAUCAUCAACCAACAAUAACCAUCACUUUUCAAGACCCACAAAAGCAAUCACAAACACAAUGGGUCAAUACGACAGAAAAGCGCAAUCGCAAAGAAAACACGGCCCCAUCCUCAGCAGCAGCGCCUCCAAAGCCCCAGCGCGACCCCCACCAAUCGCAAAACCAGAAUGGCGAGGAAACGGUUACAUGAAAAAGGCCAAGCCGAAACCUCACUUGGAUGCGCCAAAGGACCAACCUACCCCUCAGGACCAAUGUUUACCUGUCGAGCUGCAACAACUUGUUUUGAACAUUUUCAAGGAUUCGUUUGCGGCUUCUGAGGACUUUGAGGCGCUGAUACCGGUGUUGAAGGAGGUUAAUGAGAAAGUUUUGGAGAGGGAUUGGGAGGGGGCGUUUGGAGGUGAGGAGAAGAGGGAGGGGUAUGCUUUGAGGUGGAGUCCGAGUAGGGCGUUGGCGUUUGCGAAUGUGAUGGCUGAGUUUUGUGAGGAGAGAGCUGAAGAUGAUUGGGUCCAACGUUUGUCAAAGUCAUCGGCCAAAGCAAUUUGUUUUGGAGGAGGUGCUGCUGAGAUUAUGGCGUUCGCUGGACUGUUACGGCAUUUGAGAUCUGAUGCUGCUGGACGACCUCAAUCAGAACUGGAUGCCGCUAAAGAGGAUCCUUCGACGGAGGCAUCAGCACCAAUCCUGGAUCUCACACUCAUCGACUCAGCAGACUGGUCUUCAGUAAUCUCAAAACUCCAAACAGGAGCAACAACACCACCAACUCUGUCAAAAUACGCGAGCGCCUCAGCCAGAGCUUCGAAUGCCGCUUUACUAUCACCCUCAACCCUCAACAUCAAUUUCACACAACACGACAUCUUCACCCUCACCACCACCCAACUCCGCCAACUCAUCGGCGACAAACCAAUCCUGGUAACCCUGUUCCUCACCCUCUCCUCCCUCUACAAAACCUCAAUCUCAAAAACCUUGGCUCUUUUCGUAAGAUUGGACGCUCUCCUCCCUCCCAACAGCACAAUCCUCAUCAUCGACACCAUCAUCGCUUCCAUCUUCCAACCCAUCCCAAACUCGGAAGACGUCAAAGAAUACACCAUGGAGCAAUUGACCGAUCGAGCACUCCUCGGCAAACUCCCCAUCGAAAAAGUCCAAGUCCAAGGAAAAGGCAAAAAAGCCCUCGAGGAAGAGGAAAAAUCGAAGCCGGAAAUCCGGUGGGAGAAAAUUUGCAAGCAGGAGAUGAAGGUGAAUAAAUUGGAAGAGGGAUUGAGGUAUCCGGGUAGUUUGGAGAAUGUGAGGUUUCAAGUGCUUGCGUAUCAGAGAUUGUAAGGGUUUGGUUAGAAAACGCACGUAUACAGUUAUAGCUCAGAAAGCAAGGGAUCUAUCAUGCUCUCUUGAACUUCUUUUCGGACGAUCACUCUUAAUGAUGAUGAUUACUUGGGGUCGGUGUGGUGUGAUCUUUUGGAUCGCUUUCCUGCAUUGGAAUUCACUUGGCCUAAUCAUCACCCCCGAAUUACGAGCGAGCGCGACAGUUCUUGGCCUUUUAAAAUUGUCUAGGUGCAGAUGUUCCUUCCCAGUGUAUUGGGUAAAACGAUUUGAUCAAGUCACGUUCCUCCUCGAGGAAAUUCACAUGUG